AUGAUACUAAGUGCACUCCUGUUCAAAGCGAUUCUUGUUGCUGUCCUAAGCUUUCUGGAUAAUUGGCACGCGGAUGCGUGUUCAGGUUGGUGUGAAUCCACGUUCAUUCUUAUCCGCUGUCAAGAAUAAGGGUAUUGUUGUUCUGAGUGUAUCCUCAGCCUUAUUCGGGAGAAACUUUAUAAAAUCUCUCGUGAUCUCUAAAUCCAUAUAUUAAAGCAACUAUAGUUUAGUCAUUGAAUUGAACAUGACCGUGUGUACGUACCCAGAUGAAACAAUAUCAAGAUAUUUAGACUGAAUGUGGAUUGCUGCACAUUAAUUAAUGAUCCUAAACUAUAAUAAGUCUAUCAUGGCCAAUCAGGUAGCUCGUUAAAAGAGAAUUCGCCUUACUUGCCUGGCAGCAAGGCCAUCAUAUCAUUAUAUCAUAUCCAUGAUAUCGAAAAAGAGUAGAUAAUGGUCCAAGUGUCUUCUUUGUCGCAUUUGUAGGAAUUCCAGGUUCAAAAUAAAAAUCCGGAUACGCGCCAUGUUUAGUAAUUUUAACUCUUCCUAUUCAAGCGGAAAUUGACUGCAUUCUGCAUUUAAAUUGGUUUCAUUUAAAAGACUCACUCCAUUUUCGCCAAACUUUGUGCCUUUUAGUCAAGAGGAGGUUAUGAAGACGGGGAUUUACGAUCUUCCAAAAGAAAAGUAUGAAAUCAACAGCUAACAACUAUUAUUUCCAUAAAUGAUAACGUCCUUGUGAUAGCAACUAUUUUGUUUACCGAGGAGUCUGGAAGUCUUAAGGAUUGCAAAACAAACUCGAUGAUGUAAACGUAUAUCUUUAUCAAUUUGUGCUUUGUGUCGCCAAAAAAAGCUUCCGAUAUUGUCUCUUUCUCUGCAAUUUUAAUGUACGGCUUAGAUGUAUAGGGUGUGUACGAUGGGAUUUUCUAGUUACGUCGAAUAAAUUCACGUUUAUUUUUGUAAACAAAUUUUGACUCGACUGAACAAUUACCCCAGUGUUGUAGGCGAAAAUGAAACUGAAAGAUUCUUUCUGUAUUUAUUAACAUAUAUUUUGAUUAUUAAGUUCUAGGUUCGCAUCCUAAGCUUUAAAGAAAACAAAUUCUCUGAAAAGGCAGGGGUGGUGAAAGGAAAAAUCCGAAACUCCUAAUUAGACCGUCGACAAAUUUUCAUUCAUUUAAAUCGGACUAUGAUUUUCAGUGUAAUUUAGUGUUAUCAACUGAAUUGAUAAUGCAAUUUGGUCACCGUGGAGAGUUUAAAGGCUGACGUUUCGAGCGUUAGCCCUUCGUCAUAGCGAUUGAUGCUAUAAUCUCCCACCGUUACAGCACUACUGAGUUUCUUCAGCAAUUAACCUCCUUUAGUCAUUUGACCAAGAUUUUCGCCUUAUUCACAAAACAAAGAAAAAGACCAAACGGAAGAGCCGGUUACCCACUCUUCUAUAGACACGGCGUAGAGGAGAACAAAACAAAAAAAAUUAUCAUUGUUUACCAAUUGACCCCCAAAAAAUCAGCUCGUUAGCCAAGAGGAGUUCCAGCCACGAACUCGUUGAGAAACGAUUUUUAGAGAUUUAUAUUCUAAUGAAGCGUAAAUCAAAUAAUUUCAGUUAGAUAGUGAGCUGGUUCCAUCUCGUGAAAUAAGUUCAAGUCAGGCAUCAUCGACUUUUUGAUAGAUUUUGUCAGAUUUUUUGCUUAGCCUGUAGGCUCUCAUUGGCCAAAUCAUCGCUAUAUUCAAAAAUUGAUCAGGUACAUGGAAUAAAGAUUGAUAUAACGCGAAUUAAGAUUAUUAACGUACAACACCAGGACUUACGAAUUUUCUUUCACUGGAAAACUGUAAUUGACAGAAGUGGAAAAAUCAUCAUACAGUGCAGGUUACCGGUGUUUAUAGAAGUAUGUGAACUUCAUAACGUAUGUUCUGAAAUGUGACCUGUCAGUCAGUAUAUAAUUAUGAUAGUAUUGGCGGUGGAAAGUGACGGAGUCAGCUGAUAGAUGGGUCACAGUUAUGUAAGGGUUACUGCAUUUUCUGCGUCAGGGUUAUUUUAGGGGAUUCUACAAGGGAAAAAGCUUUAUACAUCGGUUCCCAGUAUUUGUUUCCGCGUUUGCUCGCCUGAUGAGGGAGUCGUUAGUAAGAACACUGAAUUUAAUAUGUAAUUUUUAAAGGACUACUGUUACCUCUUCCAAGGAUUAAUAUUGCAAUUGCGGGUGUUCGAGUAAUAUGGAUCUUAGUUAUGGAUCAGGAGGGCAUCUUUAGUGUUUCGGGUGGAAUUCAGAAAAGCUUUGCUUCUUUUUCAGUUCCUUACAUUCGUGAAAAGGAAGGAAACGAGGUAAAAGUCAUCAAGGUGACCGGCGGAGAGGAUGUUAAACUCACUUGCCAGACCAGAACCGCUGAUCAAACCUCAAAACCAAGGUAUUACUGGCUCAAAGACAAUCAGACGCUCAGUCCAUCGAGUCAUCAACGUCUGAGGUUAAAACUCUACAGAUACCUAGAGAUAAAAAGAGCUAAGAAAGAGGACACCGGCCUCUACACCUGUGUCGCAGUAAAUGACUGUGGCAAGAACCCUUUUACAAUGCACCUAUUUGUGGGAAGUAAGUAAACAUUUGCAACCAUCUGAGUUUUUUUAAAAGUACAAGUACGCACGCAAUUUAUAGCGGUAUCCUGGGGAGCAAAGUUCUUUUAUACUAGUUGUGUGUGACAAACUGAGGUGAUGUCAGUUUAAGUAGGAGUUGCUGAGGUAGGCAAAUAAGGAGGGAAAAGAUGGUAAUUUCAGACUUGCCAUCACAAAAAGUUAUUUCCGACGAAGGUGCAAUGUUUCUUUUAUCAUUGCUUAAGGUAUUGAACUGAGACAGCUGGGAGUUCAAAAUCCCGUCAGGAAGUGAAUAGGGCGGAGAUUCAGAUGUGUGUCGCCUCAGAUAAUUUGCACAACAAAAGCAUUUUACAUCUACAUAAUUCCUUGUGUUUUUUCUCUUUGAGGUCCAACACUGGAUCCCAACAAAAUUACAGUAGGAGUUAAGACAGAUGUACUUUCAUUUUUAAUCGGAAGAAAUUAAUGAAAAAUGACUGUAGAAGCAGUUUAGUUGAUACAGGAGCCGAUAUUAAUGUUCUUUGAAAUAGAGAAAAGCAACUGCCUCUGGAAGACAGUCUCAAUGGGGUGAUGGCUUUUACGUAACGUUACGGCUAAUUUUGGCCAAUCUACGGCUAACGGCUAAAUUUUUGGCUGUUUUAAGGCUGUCGGAUAACUCCAUUAACACCCUCCGAGAACAAAAACCGAUGAUGAAAAAAAAUUAUCAAGGGAUUAUAAUCUCUUGAAAAAAAAUUGAUGAAGUGUUGAAGCUCAUCUACAAUGUCCAUUAGAUGAAUCUUUUAAGUUAAGAUUUUGUAAAUCCGAUAAAAAAAUAAUAAUAUUUUGGCAAUCGCAUAUGUUAUCCCAUAAAUUUCAUAAUUUUUUUACGCUUUGUGCGUUAAACAUUGACUCGGGAGCUGAGACGGCCAAGAUCUGAUUGUUAAUUCUCCCCUUUAGCUGCUACAUGCAUUUCCUUAUAAAUGCUGGAGGAACGAGAACUUGGUGUUAGCAACUUCUAAGUGAUAAGUUUGAUUAUUCUCAUUGCCUGUUUGCUGGAUAAUGUAUGGAUAUUAUACUAGGAGAAAUUACAUGUUAAUCACUUGUGGGAGUUAAAGGGCAAACGGGUUAUGGGUCAGAGUGACGUGUUACAGUGAAACCUCGAUUUAACGAAAUGCUAAGGGACCGGGGAAAUUGGUUCGUUACAUCGAGAGUUCGUCAUAUCGAAAACCUCGAUUUAACAAAUUUGCGGAAAAACAACCAAAAUGUUCGUUAUGUCGUGGCAUGGUUAACAAUUUCUUUCUUUUUCUUCUUUCUUUUUUUUUUUAGGAGUGAGGUACCACAGGAAUCGGAGCAAUUAUUGUAAAUUAUAUUACUGCUUUAAUGUCUAUGUGAAGAAUUAUUUUUAAAAACAUUUUUUAAAAAUCUAAACUAGUGAGCAGCACUCUGCGAACAGUGGUUGUAAAACUUUUUAAUUCUCCGACGCGUUUCGUCUAACUGUCGUAUACUUGAGGGAGUUUUACAAGUUAACACCAAACGCCUCUAUUUAUAAACCAUAGUCAGCGGCUUUUACUGGGGCCAAUGACCAUAUAGGCUUGGCUGGACUUACGAAAAGGAACAGGCGAAGUUAUGUAAAAUUUUGAACAUUUUUAAAGCAAGGUUAGAAAAAUAUGUAGGGGCCACGGUUUUAAUUUAGUGUUAACUUGUAAAACUUCUUAAAGAAGUCGACGAUUGUUAGCCGAAACACGUCGAAGAAUUAAGAAGCUCUACAACUACUGUACGCAGAAUGCAGCAAUUACUUGUUUACUAUUUAAAUGGAAAAAUAUUUGAGGAAAUUGCAUUUGCGCACGAUGUCCGCGCGAUGAAGCCCUUUCAAUGCCACCACACAAACGUAACUCUUAAAGAGAUUCAAUCAACACUUUAUUCACAGAAUACAGUUAUCAACGUUACAUGGCUUCAUUCAGUUACAUUGCAAUCAAUAAAUCCUUGCCGCAAACAGCAAUAUGGCUCAAUCAGCAUCAAGCAAUCAUGCCCUCUUGAUUAUCAAUAGUGCCCUCGUGAUUAAGAAAAAAAUACCCUCUGUCCCAGCCAAUCUGCAUUCAGUAAUUUUGCUCCGCAUGUGAUAAAACUCUGAACCAUCACCAUAAGAUCAGUACUGUAGAACACUUAGAAUAAAAUAAUGUUUAGACUGUAACCUGAAAUGUGUUAGUAAGGGGUGGCUUCCGGGCAGUUGUCGAGAAGUUCAACGCUCAAAUGCUGUGGCUGUUCUGUGCUUCACAGCUGCUCCAAGAUUUACGGUACCGCAAAGCAAGAUGAGGCGCAACCUUCUUGCAGUACCCGUUGGACACUCUGUUCGGCUGGACUGUUCUGCCGAUGGAAACCCUCGUCCUACCGUGAAAUGGUAUAAAGACGGAAAAUUGUUUAAGGAAAGGAAACUUUAUUCGAGCCGAUGGACAACCUUGUUGAGUCUGAAGGACUUGGUUCCCUCUGACACUGGGUCAUACAUGUGUAAUGUGAGCAACUCAUACGGAUGGAUUAAUCAUACAUACAAAGUAGACGUUCAUGGUAAGAGGAAAAAUCCUUCAAAUUUUUCUAGCUGACACAGACUCUGAAGAGUACUCACGAUUUUCUUUAUCUGAGAAAAAGAAUCUUCAAACUCUUGUGGUCAAUAUAAAUCCCAUUUAAAAAGUCAAAUUAAAAUAAACAUUACAAGUAACGAAACAAUGGAUGUUUUUGGGUUACAUUGACAGUAUUGACAGUAUUCUCUUUUAAAUUUUUUAGAACGAGCUCGUGCUGAACCAGUCGUUCUACCCAUGGAAAAUGUCACAGUUUAUCGAGGAGAGAAUGCCAGCUUAACAUGCAAAGCAUUAAGUGAUUCCAUGCCUCAUUUCGAGUGGUUAAGGUGGUUUCCUGUACGUUCCAACGGUUCGGCCAACAGUUCGGUAAACGGUUCAAUUGAAAGUCCUCACUACGAAAUCGUGAAUGAAGGAGAAACAGACCAACAUGUAAUUGUGCCACCAAGUAGUGGCAAAAAGUUUGAUUUCCACGGAGUGAAGUUGACUUUGUUAAAUGUCACAAAGAGGGACGAAGGCAAAUACACCUGCAUGGUGAGAAAUGCUGUUGGUUACGCAGCCGAACAUGCUUACAUCAUUGUCCAAAACAUCGGUAGGUAAAACUAUAAUAAGAUUACUAGUUCUUAAUAAUUUUUGUUAUCAUUCACUUUAUUAUGAUCAGAUUUUAGGGGCUUUCUGUGAUUUGCUCAUAGCAGCUGUUUUUCUUACCACAUUUUAACGUCAUCUGUGCUAUGUUACUGAACAGACGCAUGGCAACAUGGAAUUUAUUUGUUAACCCUUUAACCCCUAAGAGUGACUAGCAAUUAAUUUCUCCUUAUAAUAUCACCCUUGGAUCAAACAUUAAGGUGAUGAGAAUAGAGGAAAUGAUCACCAAGUAAAGCAGCUCUUGAUUAUCAAACAAAUUCUCUUUGUCAGCACCUUACGAAAUAUAUAGUGAAUAGUGUGGAGAAUGUGGAUACUGAUGUUAGGGGGUGAAGGGUUAAUCCUUUACGUGUAUUUUAUUGUCCAUGUACCCCUCGUAAACAGCUUUCUUUUCUUGAGAGUCUCCUUCGUCUCGGGAAUCACGGAGGGUCGAUUUUUGCACGACUACGUGCUGUAUUUAGUCGAAAAAGCUUGCGCUACCGAGCGGCCUGUGGCCGUUUCAAUCACUUUUAUUUGGGUUUAGAACACUCAGUUACAGUGUUUGUGUCGUGACUCUGUUCAGUUCCACUUGGAUGUUAAUAAAUAAAACACGGGCCAAUUAAAAAAAGCGACUGCUUUAUGAUAGCUGAUAAUUUGCUGAAAAUUGUUGCCAACCGAGCAUAACUCUUUUUUUUUCACUUUUUUAAUUCGUGAAGAUGAAGGAAAACCAACUGAACCUCAGAAAACUGAAAGCACCACAGAUGGUAAGUGUAACCGUGAAAAACGGAUAUGAUUCCUUUUUAAAAUAACAUUUGAAAUUUCUCUAUCUCAGAAAAAAAAGAAGCACCAUCCUUCACAUUUCGGGUACUUAUCGUUACUAAAAGACCGGUAAUUAUUCGUUGUCCUGGGGCACCCUGGGGAGGGGGGCUUCCUGGAAAAGGGGGGGCCUGGAGGAUUUUGUCUGCGUCACGAUAAAAUUCACCUGAUUCCCUCUCAUUGGCAGUUAAUUAGUAGUCAAUCUUACGUAGUUCCCCCCCUCCCCCACCCCCUUUAUACUUUGGCGACGAAUGCUGUCCCUCUGUUCCCCCUGAAAACCACGUGAUCCACCCUCAAAAUCCUCUACCCCUAGCUCCAGGCUAUAAAUUAUGAAUAGUCGCCAGGUGUGCCAAUUGUUAAGCAUGCACACGCCACGUAGUACACUACGUGCGCACUAAAUAUAAGAAAAGCUCAUGAAAAUCUUGACUGAUGGUUGCUGCAAAUAAGGAUGACCAUAUUUUCGUUGGAUGCACCUUUGUAUUUGUGAAUAUCUUGCUUUCAUGACUCUCUCCAUCUUGCCGAGCAAAUGAAACACUAAAUGCGAUAAAACAUGUAUCAAGAAGCCUUCUUGUUCGUAUUUUUUCAAACUAAACAGGAGCUUAAUUCUGGCCUGAGGGAAUGACUUUGGUAUCAAACAGAAUUAUCGAAACGUUUUAUUUCCUGUAAAAACACACAAAACCUACCUCAAAUAAUUUUUGAGGGAUUUUUUGAAGGUAAAGUUCCUUUGUCGCAUUUGGCAAAGACGAGCUCAAUCCCAGUCGAAACCAGAUUUUGUAUCCUUCUUUGUUACGACGACUUCAAUUACUAAUAAUUGAAUAUUCAUUCGUUACUUGCUGUUUGGAGUAACUUAUUGCGGUUCUAGCAACCUCGAGGAAUUCUUGCCUUUCUCGGCAAUUUUUGAGCAAAAUAUAAGUUUAGAGCACAUAUAAAGGACGAAAAAGUCAACGAUUUCAUAGAAAACUUCAAUUUAUACGAAUUUCAUGAAUUGUUUGUUAACCUUUUGAACACAUAACUUGUCACCGUGACAGCAUUUCGCAGGCCUAUUGCGAUCAUUAAAAUGACUUUCGGUAAGACGUCAAAUGAACCAUGUGUUCUGUUCCGUUUAACUAAAGAGUAUUCUUAAAUUUCGCCCAUAUUUGCGAGCAACCCUUUAAAGCUAGGUUUCUUGACCAGUGUUGUUAGCAAUUAUUGUGAAGGCGAAAAAUAAGGCUUUAAAUUAACAUUUAUAUAUAGAUAUCAACAAAUUUUAGGUAGCAACUUUUUGGAAUUUUGGCAAUUUUUAAGGAACCUUUUAGCAUUUCAGUGAGCAACUUUCCAGUGUUUUUACGAGCAUGAUCAGGACAGGCCUAUUUGAGGGGCUUAGUCGAAGCUUGAAGUAUUUAGACUUCUUUUUAUGCCAUGAGUUUAAUUGUGGUCGAGUUGUGAAGAUCCUUUCGACAUUAGCAGGUCGUUUCUGUGGCCUAUUUUAAAUCUGUAUUUUAAGAAAAAGGUUUAAAUGUUUUUUGAAGUAGUGCUGGGGGAAAGGAAGGAAUUCAUUCAAGAUGGAGAGAUAAAUAUGUUUGGUUAAUUUUUGUUUAGGUUUUACUGUUAGCCUGACAUCCAUCAGUUCUGAAAGCGAAGCAGUUGCGAAGACAUCAAUGGGUUGGACUGAUAGCAUAAGGUACCCGGCGGCUGUGAUCGCAGUUUCAGUGGGCGUGGUCGUUAUGUUGAUCAUAGCUUCCGGUCUCUGUUAUUGGCAGGUGAAGAAAGGACGAGCGAGCUCGUCUGCAACGAUGAAAAGCCGACACAACAUCGGUUCACUUCAAGCGAAGUACGUAGUCCAGUCAAAUGAGUACGUAAUAGUGCCAGACCUAAAAGGACUUGGGAAUGAUUUUGGCACUAACUGAUUGUAGAUAAAAAGCCACAUAAAAGAGGAACUCAAAAGUAAAGUUAAAAGAGAAAAAAGACCGAGGGGGCAAAAAUAACAGCAUGACAUGUAAAAUUGCCCGACACGAAGAGCAGCUAUCAAUUUGUUACAUCUAUUUGGAAAUCGCAAAAUACAGUCGCUCAAAUGUAGAUUAUUUCAGUCUCUACAAAUAUUUUAUUGAUUCAGUGAUGAGCUGGUUUGGAAAAAGUUGUAAAAGCUGUCUUUCAUUUUCCUUGCGAUUUGAUGGAUUUCUUUAAAUAAGCCUUGAAUGGUUGAUGGGUUAUAAUAAAGUUGUCUCAUUGGCUUGGAAAAAGAUGCGAUUUAGAACAUAAAGUGGUGCGAUUCGUGGAUAAAUCGCACGAUGAGAGCCUGUCAGAUUGUAAGGAUCACAACGGAUUUCAAAAUGGAUGUAACAAACAUAGUAAAUUAACCAUGAGCAGAAUUUCAGUUUAGCAGAAUAAAUGAAUAAAACUGCAUACCCUCAAAGAAACACAAAAGGGUUUGUCAGGCUUUGUUCAAAUUCAAUUCUUCAGUUCAGUUUCGAUUAGUUUUUUUCUACAACCGUCGAAGGGAAAGGAUCAACGUUUUAGUUGUUAGAACCAGUUGCCUUACCAAAGGGACCGCUCUUUUCUGCAGCAUGUUUGGUCUCGUCACGCAACGAUAGACGGCUUCAAGGAGAUGUUAGUAAGAAACGGUGCUCACAGAUUAAGUGUUUUUUCUUUGACUUAUUUCCUCGUGCGUUUCAAUUUCAUCCAUAGUUAAAAUGUUAUUUUUGAUUGAUUUUGGUUGAAAUAAAGUACCUUGUGGGUUUGAAACAAGAAACGUCAUGAUGUGAAUCGUUAAUUGAAAAAAA